AUGUUCUUAGUAUUUUUCAUUUUAUUUAAGAUGUUUUCAAUUUUGUCAAAAACAAAACACACAAAAGUUUUUACUUUUAAAGCUGCCUUACGAACUACAAAUGUUAACUUUAGUAAAAAUGAAAAAAAAGUUCUUGAAACAAAAUCAUUUGUUUCUAAUUUGUUUAGAGGAAGACUAAAUUUGGAAACUACAUUUCCUUAUCCAUUAAAUCUUACUGCAGAUCGUAAAGAAAUGUUGUCAAUGGUACUUGGCCCAACAGAAAAUUUUCUUAAAAAUGUAAAUAAUGCUGAGAUAAAUGAUGCAAAAGGUGAAAUUCCCAGAAAACAGUUAGAUGAAUUUGCUGAAUUAGGAGCUUUUGGUGUUUUAGUACCAGAAGAAUAUGGUGGAGCUGGUAUGAAUAAUACUCAAAUGGGAAGAUUAGCUGAAUUAGUUGGUUCAUAUGAUUUGGCACUAGGUGUUAUUAUGGGUGCUCAUCAAUCUAUUGGUUACAAAGGUAUUCUCCUUUACGGUACACCAGAGCAAAAAGAAAAAUAUUUACCUGAUCUUGCCUCUGCAAAGAAAUUUGCCUCAUUUUGUUUAACAGAACCUAACAGUGGUUCUGAUGCUAAUUCUAUUCGCUCUAAAGCUGUAAAAUCAGAAUGUGGAAAAUACUAUACACUUAACGGAAGUAAAAUUUAUAUUACAAAUGGAGGAAUUGCAGAUGUAUUCACUGUUUUUGCACAAACUCCUAUUAAACAAGAAGAUGGAACAUAUAAAGAUAAAGUAUCAGCUUUCAUAGUUGAGAGAUCAUUUGGUGGAUUAACUAAUAGUAUUGAACCAAAGAAACUUGGACUUAAGUCUAACUCCACAGUUGAAUUAUACUUUGAUAAUGUUAAAAUUCCAGCAGAAAAUCUCUUAGGUAAAGAAGGAGAAGGAUUUAAGGUUGCUAUGAAUAUUCUUAACAAUGGAAGAUUUGGAAUUCCUGCUGCUAUGACUGGUGCCAUGAAAUAUUGCAUUGAUAAAUCUAUCUACUGGAUUACUAACAGAAAACAAUUUGGACAUAAACUCCAAGAAUAUGUAAAUGUUCAUGAAAAAUUAGCUGGAAUGUUGGUAAGACAUUAUGCAACGGAAUCAAUGUUAUAUAUGUUAGCCUCUAAUAUGGACGCAGGUGUUACUGAUUUCCAACUUGAAGCAGCUAUUGCUAAAGUUUACUCUUCUGACAGUGCUUGGCAAACUUGCGAUGAUACAAUUCAAUUAUAUGGUGGUAUGGGUUACAUGGUUGAAACAGGUCUUGAAAGAGUUCUCAGAGAUUUGAGAGUUUUUAGAAUAUUUGAAGGUGCCAAUGAUGUCAUGAAGAUUUUUGUUGCUUUAACUGGAAUGAAUUUUGCCGGUAAACAUUAUCAACAAACAGCUAAAGAAAUAAAAUCUGGUGGUAUUGGUACAUUAUUUAGUGAAAUGAAACGUAUGGCAACUAAAUCUACUGGUGAAAGUUUUAAUGAUCAUGUUCAUCCAAAACUUUUAAAUGAAGCUAAAAGGGUUAAUGAUUGUGUUGCCACAUUUGGCUUUGUUGUUCAAAAAUUAUUGAUGCAAUAUAGAAAAGGAAUUAUCGAAAGACAAUAUGAACAGGUUCGUAUUGCUGAAGCAGCAAUAGAUAUUUAUGCAUCAGUAUGUUCUCUUUCACGUUGUACUUAUAGCUUAAAUAAUAAUGCUCCAAAUGUUGAUCAUGAAGUUAAAAUUGUUCAACUUCUUAUCAAACAAUCAAUUGAUCGUGCUUUAUCUAAUUUGAAACUUGCAGAAGGUUCACAAGAAAAGGAGAUUUCUCUUAUGACCGAAUUAACCAAAGAAGUAUGUUCUAAUGGAAAACUCCUUCAACAUCAUCCAACAGAUUUAUAA